GCCAAUCAGAGAGCGCGGUGUGUGUCAGGAAGUGCGGUGUGUCUGUGGAUCAUCUGCGGUUCACCUGCACGACCCGGAGGAACCAGAGGAACCAGGGGAACACCUGAGAACCGGAGAACCGGAGAAAAGCGGAGAACACAUGAAGAACACAUGAAGAACACAUGAAGAAUCGAACCCACGGAGCCGAACUCCACCCAACAAAGUGUCCGAAACCCUCCCCCUCCCCGCCGUGGACAGGCGGGCUGUUCACCUGCUUCAGGAGGAAGUGAAGGAAACACCGCUCUACUGGUUCUAAUGGAAUUUAAAUAAUCCACUGGUUCUAAAGGAGUUGAACUGUUCUACUGGUUCUAAUGGAGUUUAAUGGAUUCUACUUAUUCUAAGGGAUGAUAAUGUUCUAAUGGGAACUGAAGCGUCAUAGUUUGUUCGAACAGGAGGAAACACGAGCUGGAAGAUGUCUGUGAACGAGCUGUACACAAAGUUCACUCGGGUUUGGAUCCCGGACCCUGAGGAUGUGUGGACGGCUGCAGAGAUCACCAGAGAUUACAAAGAAGGAGAAUCUGUUCUUCACCUCAAACGUGAAGAUGAAACGCCUCUGGAGUAUCCUGUGGGUCCAAAGAGCAACCCUCUUCCCUUCCUCCGUAACCCCGACAUCCUGGUCGGAGAGAACGACCUCACGGCUCUCAGCUACCUGCAUGAACCUGCGGUGCUACACAACCUCCGGGUUCGAUUCGUGGAGUCCAACCACAUCUACACAUACUGUGGGAUUGUUCUGGUGGCCAUUAACCCGUAUGAGCAGCUGCAGAUUUAUGGAGAGGAGGUCAUUAACGCCUACAGUGGACAGAACAUGGGCGACAUGGACCCACAUAUAUUUGCUGUGGCUGAAGAAGCGUACAAACAGAUGUCCAGAGACGAGAGGAAUCAGUCCAUCAUCGUGAGCGGAGAAUCUGGAGCAGGAAAGACGGUUUCUGCAAAGUACGCCAUGCGUUUCUUUGCCACAGUGGGAGGUUCAGCUAAUGACACUAACGUGGAGGAGAAGGUCUUGGCCUCCAGUCCGAUCAUGGAGGCCAUUGGAAACGCAAAAACCACCCGAAACGACAACAGCAGUCGCUUCGGAAAGUACAUUCAGAUCGGCUUCAGUCGACAGUACCACAUCAUCGGAGCCAACAUGCGGACGUACCUGCUGGAGAAGUCUCGGGUUGUUUUCCAGGCUGAGGACGAGAGGAAUUAUCACAUCUUCUAUCAGCUCUGCGCUUCUGCCAGUUUACCAGAGUUUAAAGACCUCAGCCUCACCAGUGCAGAAGACUUCACCUACACGUCGUUAGGGGAGAACAUCUUCAUCGAGGGAGUGAACGACGCUGAGGACUUAAAAAAGACCAGAGAGGCGUUCACGCUGCUGGGUGUGAAGGACAGUAGUCAGGGCAACAUUUUCAGAAUAAUGGCGUCCAUCCUUCAUCUGGGGAACGUAGAGAUCUGCUCAGAGAGAGGCGGAGAGUCGUGUCGUGUCUUGAAGGACGACGCCCACCUGAUGCACUUCUGCCGGCUGCUGGGGGUGGAGCUGAAGCAGAUGGAGCAUUGGCUCUGUCACAGGAAGUUGGCUACGACCUCAGAGACGUACGUGAAGAACAUGUCCAGCAAGGAGGCCGCCAACGCCCGUGACGCCCUCGCCAAACACAUCUACGCCCGCAUGUUUGACUGGAUCGUGGAACACAUCAACAGGUCUCUGCACACGUCGUCCAAACAGCACUCCUUCAUUGGCGUCCUGGACAUCUACGGGUUCGAGACGUUUGAGAUCAACAGUUUUGAACAGUUCUGCAUCAACUACGCCAACGAGAAGCUUCAGCAGCAGUUUAACUCUCAUGUGUUUAAACUGGAGCAGGAGGAGUACAUGAAGGAGCAGAUUCCCUGGACUCUGAUCGAUUUCUAUGAUAAUCAGCCGUGUAUCGACCUGAUCGAGGCUCGACUCGGCAUCCUGGACCUGCUGGACGAGGAGUGUAGGGUUCCGAAGGGAACCGACGUGAACUGGGCUCAGAAGCUCUACCAACAUCACACAAGCAAAGCUCAAUUUCAGAAACCUCGUAUGUCCAACACGUCCUUCAUCAUCAUACACUUCGCUGACAAGGUGGAGUAUCAGUGUGAAGGUUUUCUGGAGAAGAACCGAGACACCGUGUACGAGGAGCAGAUCAACAUCCUGAAGGCCAGUCAGCUUCAGCUCGUAGCAGAUCUGUUUCACGAGAAAGACGAUGCCCCCCCCUCAAAGAACUCCAGGGUGAACGUCCGCGCAGCCAAGUCGACUCCGCGAGCGCCCAACAAGGAGCACAGGAAGACAGUGGGACACCAGUUCCGCAGCUCUCUGCAUCUCCUCAUGGAGACUCUGAACGCCACGACGCCUCACUACGUCCGCUGCAUCAAACCCAACGACUUCAAAGAGCCGUUCUCGUUCGACUCGAGUAGAGCGGUGCAGCAGCUCCGAGCUUGUGGCGUUCUGGAGACGAUCCGGAUCAGUGCGGCCGGAUACCCGUCCAGGUGGACGUAUCCUGAUUUCUUCAGCAGGUAUCGAGUGUUGAUGAAGAAAUCUGACAUGACGUCAUCUGAUAAGAAGCUUGUCUGUAAAAACCUGCUGGGGACGGUGAUCAAGGAGCCAGACAUGUUCCAGUUUGGAAAGACGAAGAUCUUCUUCCGGGCGGGCCAGGUGGCGUACCUGGAGAAGCUCCGCGCUGAUAAGUUCCGAGCGGCGUGCAUCAAGAUCCAGAAGACGGUUCGAGGCUGGCUGCAGAGAGUCCGAUACCGAAAGAUCCGCAAGACUGCCAUCACUCUGCAGAGAUAUGGCCGAGGUUACCUGGCCCGCAGGUACGCCGAGUACCUGCGUCUGACUCGAGCAGCACUCGUCUGUCAGAAACAGUAUCGGAUGGUGAGAGAUCGACGGGCGUAUCUGAGGGUGAGGAAGGCGGUCGUCACCAUCCAGGCCUACGCUAAAGGGAUGUUCACACGCAGGAUUUACUGGGAGUUCCUCCUGCAUCACAAGGCCAUGAUCAUCCAGAAGAGCGUCCGUGGCUGGUUGCAGAGGAAGAAGUUCAAACGUGCACGGAACGCUGCCAUCAUCAUCCAGUGUGCGUUCAGACGCAUGCAAGCCAAAAAACUACUCAAAGAGCGGAAGAUCGAAGCUCGAUCAGCGCAACAUCUGAAGAAUCUCAACACAGGGAUGGAGAACAAGAUCGUCCAGCUGCAGAGGAAAAUGGACGACCAGUCUAAAGAAUUAAAAACUCAGAACGUGCAGCUGCAGACUGCGAACGUCAGUAUGGGCUCAGAGGUGAACAAACUGCGGAAGGAGCUGGAGCAGGUCCGGGGUCAGCGCGGCGAAGGAGGUCAGCUGACGUCCCUGCAGGACGAGCUGGAGAGGCUGAAGGCGGAGCUGCAGGAGGCGCACGCUCUCAGGAAGAGACUGGAGGAGGAGCACGGCAGCGAGAAGAUGAGCCUGGAACAGAGGGUGGAGGAGCUGGAGAAAGAAAACUCUCUGCUGAAGAGUGAGAAAGAAGAAAUGAACCAGAAGAUCCUUCAGCAGACGAAGAACUCCCAAGACAUGGACAGCAGUGUGUCUCAGACAGAAGUGUCUCUUCAGAAAGAGCUGGACGCAGAGAGGCAGAGAUACCAGAACCUCCUCAAAGAGAUUUCCAGAGUGGAGCAGAAAUAUGAAAACCUGAAGGAGGAGCUGUCUCUCACCAAGUUCCAGCCCGGCCACAUGAGGAACCCAUCCAACCAGAGCAGCCUGGAGUCGGACUCGAACUACCCGUCAGUGUCCACGUCGGAGGUCGGCGACACAGAGGACUCUGUCCAGCUGGUGGAGGAGAUGGGCGUGGAGAAAGCUGCGAUGGACAUCAGUCUGUUCAUGAAGCUGCAGAAACGAGUGCGAGAGCUGGAGCAGGAGAGGAAGAGGCUGCAGACCAGUGUGGACAAGAUGGAGGAGCUCGCCAAGCACAAGAGCUCUGAGCCGAGGAGUCCCACGUCUGAGCUGGAAAUUGCAGAUCUGGCCUACAAUAACCUGAAGAGAGAGGAGCUGGAGUCAGAGAACAAGAAACUGAAGAACAACCUCAACGACCUGAGGAAGUCCAUCGCUGAGCGAGCAGCUCAAAACAACUCGUCCAAUGAGCUGCAGGACGGCUACAACCUGCUGCUGAGUCAGCUCAAAUCAGCCAAUGAGGAGCUGGACGCCCGCAAAGAGGAGAUGCUCAUCCUCAGGACUCAGAUCGUCAAAAACGCUCAGCUCCAGGAGAAGAACCAACAAGUUCAGCAAAGUAAUAAUGCUCCAGAGGCUCCAGAGGCUCCAGAGGUUCCAGAGGUUACUGAGGUUCCAGAGGUUACUGAGGUUCCAGAGGUUCCUGAGGUUACUGAGGUUCCCGAGGACAAGGAAGAGGCCCUCAAGGCGUAUCAAGGACUGACUGAGUCUAAAAGUAUCCAGCAGGACUGGUGUUAUCUGAAUGAAGAUGGAGAGCUGGGUUUGGCUUAUCAAGGCCUCAAACAAGUUGCCAGGCUGUUGGAGGCUCAGUUGCAGACUCAGUCCAGGCAGCACAAAGACGAACUGGAGGCUCUUCACACUCAGAUCGAGCUGCUGAAAGCCGACAUCGAGAAGAAGCAGGAGAUCCUCAACUACACCAUGUCCCUGUCCCCUGAGGCCCAGGUGGAUUACAGCGUCCAGCAGGAGAUCACACGACUCACCAACGACAACCUGGACCUCAAGGAGCUGGUGGAGAAACUGGAGAAGAACGAGAGGAAACUGAAGAAGCAGCUCAGGAUCUACAUGAAGAAAGUCCAGGAGUUGGAGGCGUCUCAGGCUGCAGCUCUGAGCAGCAGAUCCAGACCUGAACUGAGUCGUCAGGUGACCGUCCAGAGGAAGGAGAAGGACUUUGAGGGGAUGUUGGAGUACUACAAGGAGGAUGAAGCUCUGCUGGCCAAGACUCUGAUCACAGACAUGAAGCCCAACACGGUGUCAGCGACCGUCCCCUGCCUGCCGGCGUACAUCCUCUUCAUGUGCAUCCGCCACGCCGACUACAUCAACGACGACGAGAAGGUGGAGUCUCUGCUCACCUCCACCAUCAACUCCGUCAAGAAGGUCCUCAAGAAAAACAGCGAUGACUUUGAGACGACGUCCUUCUGGCUGGCCAACACCAGUCGUCUGCUUCACUGCCUGAAGCAGUACAGCGGUGACGAGGUCUUCAUGACGCAGAACUCGCCCAAACAGAACGAACACUGUCUGAAGAACUUUGACCUGGCGGAGUACAGACAGGUGCUGAGCGACCUCUCCAUCCAGAUCUACCAGCAGCUCAUCAAAGUGGCAGAAGGCAUCAUACAGCCAAUGAUCGUGUCCGCCAUGUUGGAGAGUGAGAGCAUCCCCAGCCUGGCGGGCGUGAAGCCGAUGGGCUACAGGAACCGUUCGUCCAGCAUGGACACUGACGGCCCCAGCAGCUACACUCUGGAGGCCCUAAUCAGGCAGCUGGGACAAUUUCACAGUAUCAUGAGGGACCACGGUCUGGACCCCGAGAUCGUGGGUCAGGUGGUCCGACAGCUGUUCCACUGCAUCAACGCUGUCACGCUCAACAACCUGCUGCUACGCAAAGACGUCUGCUCCUGGAGCACGGGCAUGCAGCUCAGAUACAACACCAGUCAGUUGGAGGAGUGGCUCAGGGGAAAUAACUUGUAUCAGAGUAAAGCUGCAGCGAUUCUGGAGCCGGUCAUUCAGGCCGCUCAGCUGCUGCAGGUGAAGAAGAAGACGUCUCAGGACGCCGAGGCCAUCUGCUCGCUCUGCAUUGCCCUCACCACGCAGCAGAUUGUGAAAGUCCUGAACCUCUACACGCCACUGAACGAGUUUGAGGAACGAGUCACGGUGUCGUUCAUCAGAGACAUUCAGACUCGUCUUCAGGUGAGAAACGAUCCUCCUCAGCUCCUGAUCGACACCAAACACACCUUCCCCGUCCUCUUCCCGUACACGCCCUCCGCUCUCAGCCUGGAGACGCUGCACAUCCCUGCCUCGCUCGGCCUCGACUUCCUCGUCAGAGUCUGAAGUGACAGAGACUCCCAGGACGGACUGACCACGCCACUCCACGGACGCACAGACACGUUUCUUACUGCGUCUGUCGACCUGUGACGGAUUCAUUGGGUCACUUCUGACUUCCUGUUUGACGUUGAACAGUAAAAACCUCCUUUAUUAACUCAGCACCUGUCAGAUCUGACGUCUGUCCUCCAGCAGAGAGCAUCGGAGCUGCUGCUUGUCUCCAUGUGUCGUCUCCGGACGAGCGUCAGGAACAGGAAGUGUCCUGGAGGAUAAGGAAGGUCAGAGGUUGGAGAAAUGAUAUUUCAGGAUCCACAAAUAAAAAUCUCCUUCACUGAUGACUCUGAAUAAACAUCAGUAACAUUUAUCUUCACGUCGUCUCAGCUUCUAGAAUUAUUCACGUUCCUGAAGUUCUUCCUCCUCAUGUGAUCUGAUUCUUUAGAUUUAAUAUAAUCGUUUCUUGUGCCUUUAACUUUGGCAGAUUCACCAUCAGUGACUUUUCAGCUUCUGUCGUCUUUUAGAAAACUUAUAAACGUGUUAUAAACGUGAUGUAAUAGAUCCGAACACGUUUUACUGAGUAAAUGUGCUGAACUGACAGAAGAAAAAGAGACAGAACGAAAUCUUUCACUAAAAUAUCACAAAGACGACAAGUUUAAAUGUGCAACAAUUUCCUCAGGUGAUGUUAUAAACUUUAUAUAAGUUAAUAUGUAAAGAAGUAAUAUAAGUGAAGUUCUUAUCAGUGGAUCAUGAAACGAGUGAAGUUCUGACGUGUUUCUAAUUUUUUUUUCUAAGUUUUUAAAAAUGGAAAUUAAAAUCAAUCAGAUUCUUUUCUUUUUCUUUUUCUCUUCCCAGUGAUCAGAUCAGUUUUAACCUUCACCUCGAUGCUCAGGUCGUGUUCAGCUAUUUGUUCACAGAUGAAUCCAGUCUUCCAUUUUAUUUUAAUAUUGUUUUCUGUUCUGUUGAUUUUAUUUUUUUAUUUUUGUGGAAAAUAAUUUUACUGACGUUUUGUCUUCUCUCUGCUCAUUUAACGUUUCUGUCUCUCUGUGAUUUAUACCAAGAUAUUUAGAUAUUCGUGAUGACGCUAAUUUAUCACUAAAGUAGAGGAAACACAGAUGUAAUGUGCUGCCCCCUGCUGUCUGAGAAAAGACUGCGCUUGUCUGCCGUGCCAUUAUCGCUGAUCAAUACGUCUGAUUGUCUUUUACACUAAACUGUUGAAGAAGAAAACGUUUGUUAAUUAAUUCUGAGUAAAGCUUGUUUAAGAAUUGACGUAAGGAUGAAGUUAAUGAAUGGUGUAAAAUGUAAAAAAUUGAUGUUUAAUAAUCAGAAAUGUAUUUUUCACAGGAUUAAAAUCAGCAGAAACAUUUCAA